CCAGCAGCGUUUAAUUAAAAGUAAUUUUCCUAAUUGAUUGGCCAGGGUGAACUGGGCUGGCGGGGACACACGACCUCUGACCGCCAGCCCGUCCGAUUCCCAAUCAGAGCUCUUAGUUUGCCGUUGACUCACGCGGACGCCACUUGAGUUUUUCCGAGAGUUUUUCCCAACGUUUUCUAUAUUUAUUCUUUAUCCCCCUGCAGCCACGGAGCUUGGAAUGCUGAAUGUGUUUCGCCAGCAGCAUAAUCGAAGCGCAUAAGAAGUUAUUUAUAGCGCCGCAGCCGGAGCAGCAGCAGCAGACGAGGAGCCCCACCACGCCCAGGAAUUCGGUCAGCAGCAGCAGCAAGAUGUCACGGGGCAAGUCCCGCCUGCAGACGGAGGUGUGCGGAGAUUGCGGCGCCAGCGAUCCCUCCUGGGCGAGCAUCAACCGGGGCAUCCUCUUGUGCGCCGACUGUUGCUCGGUCCACCGCAGCCUGGGGCGGCACAUCUCGAUCGUGAAGUCCCUGCGCCAGGGCAACUGGGAGCCGUCGGUGCUGAACUUCGUCAACUCGCUGAAUGCCCACGGUGCCAACAGUGUGUGGGAGCACCAUCUCUUGGAUGGCUCCAACGGCUCCUCUUCCGGCAAACAUGUACCGCGCUGGCGGAAGCCAUCACCUAAGGAUGCCCUGCAUCCCACCAAGUCGGACUUCAUCAAGGCCAAGCACGUCAAUCUAGCAUUCGUUCUGAAACCAAGUCUGCAGGACGACGACGAUGGUAGCGGCACGGCGGGCAGCCUGGAACAGGAGCUAAGUCGCCAGCUACAUGCUAGCGUGCGGACCAGUAAUCUGGAGACUUCGCUGCGUUUCUUAGUACAGGGAGCCGAUCCCAACUACUAUCACGAGGACAAGCUGUCCACGCCGCUGCACAUGGCCGCCAAAUUCGGCCAGGCCUCGCAGAUCGAGAUGCUGUUAAUCUACGGAGCAGAUGUGAACGCCUUGGAUGGCAACGGCGGACAUACUCCGUUGGAACUGGCCAGGGCCAACAAUCAUAAUACCAUCGCUGAGCGACUGCAAGACGCCAUGUAUGAUGUAACCGAUAGAAUCAUCAUGUUCUUGGGCGGCAAGAAGCCAGAUCAUGCGAGUGGCCGCCACAUGAUCAUACCAGAUGCCAAUGGCGCUGAUAUCAGCGAGCAGCUCAAGAUUGCUCGUGGUAAGUUGCAGUUGGUGCCAAACAAGAUGUUCGAGGAGCUGGUCAUGGAUCUGUACGAUGAGGUGGACCGACGCGAGUGCGAAGCAAUCUGGUCGACGAGCACCCUGAAUGCUGACCAUGCAACUGUGCCAUUCUUGCCAGCUAAUCCGUUUUUGAGUGCCACGCGCAAUCAGGGUCGUCAGAAAUUGGCACGCUUCAAUCGCGCCGAGUUUGCUGGUCUGUUGACCGACGUCCUCGUUGACGCAAUGCGGCGCCAGAACAUGGCCAACCUGCGUCCACUGGAUGCUGCCGCCCCACUGCAUGGGGGUAAUCAGUCGCUGCAAUCGCUGCCGUAUGUCAACCAUUCAAUGAGGCUGGGAUCUUUCGACGGUGGCCACGAUCCGAAUCUGUCGGACGAUGAGCCCAUCUACGAUCCGGUGGCCAGUGACGAUGACUAUGCGCCGGUCCCUCCCAUGGCCCAGCAGGCCAUUAUCCACACUCCGCCACGUAAUGCCACUUCGCAGCACGAAAUGGAUACGCUGCGCAAACAGUUGAGCGAGUACAAGUCUGAGAUUAACCAGCUGAAGAAUGUGGUCCAGAUGUUGUCCAGCGAGAACUCGCAGCUCAAGUCCAAGUUCUCGAGCGCGUCCAACAACAGCGUCUACGAUGAACCACUUCGCAUUGAUCUGAGCCUGAGUAGUCCGGACACGGAGCACGAGCCGUUGUCGCUGCCGGAGGGGGGUUCGGGUGCUGCUGGCAACGCAGACAGCGGCUCCUCCAAUGGCUCCUCGAACCAAUCGACCAUUAAGCGGCCGGCCAGCAUGUACGAGCGUCGUCUGGCCCCGAAUGUGGCCAAGGGAGCCACGGAUGUACGGAACACAACCAGCAUGUACCAAAUGGCUGGCGAUGGCAAGCCCUUCGGCGAGGAGGUGAAGGUGCGCUCCGAUUUGGUCACACGCUGCCUCAAAGAGCUCAUUAGGGCCAUGCAGCCGGUGGCGGAGGAUCAAAAGCAAUCGAUAGCCCCGCACGGGGAGCUGAUACACAGUGCUGUCACCGACUUGAUAGCUUUGUAUGCCAAUUUGCCGCCAAAUGCCAGCGAGACUACGCGUGAGACCCUGAAGCAGCUGACCCGCCACAAAAUCCUUAUCCAGCAUGAGUGCGAGAAUCUGCAGAAGGCUAUAGAGACCGACGACAAGCAGGCCAUACAGAAGAACACUUUGGAGGUUCGCGACUGCGCCUUCCACAUUGCCAGUGCCAUAAAGACCUUGGUGUUGCAGUUCUAUUGACGGCUGCUAGCGAACAACAUAGAAGUUUAAUUUAACUCACCCUAGGGAUGCCAGAAAUCAUCAAUAUAUCGAUGUUAUAUUGAUAUUUAAAGCUGAAGUCGAUAUUUUUAACGUUGCGGUAUACAUUUUUGAGAUAAAUCGUGUUUCUGUAUGAUCUAUCGAAUCGGAAAAAGAGGUAAAUGUAUAAAAUAACA